AUGUCUCCCGCUGUGAUUUCGCAGACCAACGGCGCCAAUGGCACAAACGGUGCCAAGGCUCAAUUGGGCGACGUUUUGCACAUCAUUGACAGCCGUACGGGCCAAUACCACGCCAUCAACAUCCACCAGAAUGCCAUCAACGCCAGCGACCUCAAGGUGUUGAAAGCGCCCAAGGACGCGAACCAUCCCGAGUACCAAAAUGACCAGGGUAUUCGAGUCUAUGAUCCUGGCUACUCCAACACCUUAGUCAGCGAAAGCAAGAUCACGUACAUUGAUGGUCUGGAGGGCACUAUCCAGUACAGGGGAUACUCAAUCGACGAUAUUAUCGGCAAGAAAAAGUUUGUCGACGUGUCUCAUUUGCUCAUCUGGGGAAAGUGGCCAUCAGCAGAUGAGGCCCAGACAUACCAGCAACGUCUAAACGAUGUGCCACUCAUCAACGAGACUGUUUUCAACGUCAUUAGAUCAUUCCCAAAGGAUGGGUCCAUCUUGGGCAUGAUGAUUGCAGGACUGAGCGCUUUGCAAUCAAGCGACAUGAGUGCCGUGCCGGCCCAUGCGGCCAAGAACCUCUACCUUGGCCAGCCAAAGAAUGUGGAUGACCAGAUCAUUCGAGUAAUGGCUAGCCUGUCCAUGAUCACGGCUGCCGCCUACUGUCACCACAGCGACCGGACCUUCACGCCACCAAGAAAGGACUUUUCCUAUGUGGGAAACUUCCUCCUCAUGACGGGCCACGUCGAGGAGAGCACGGGAGUGCCAAACCCCCGUUAUGUGGAUGCGAUUGAGCGACUCUGGGCAACCGUUGCCGACCACGAAAUGACUUGUUCCACGGCAGCCCUGCUGCAGACUGCUUCGGCGCUUCCAGACGUCAUCUCGAGUUUGAUCUCGGCCCUGUCUGCCAGCUACGGCCCGUUGCACGGCGGCGCCAUCGAGGUCGCGUACAAGAACAUUGAAGAGAUUGGCACGGUCGAGGAUGUACCGGCCAAGAUUGAGCGCGUCAAGGCGGGCAAGGAGCGUCUUUACGGCUAUGGCCAUCGUGUAUACCGCGUCACCGACCCUCGCUUCACAUACAUUAGCGAUAUUCUCGAUGAACUAUCCGACGAGAUUGAAAAAGAUCCUCUUCUCCGAGUCGCAUUCGCUCUAGACCGCGCAGCCGCUCAGGAUGAGUACUUUAUCUCGAGAAAGCUUCGUCCCAAUGCCGACUUGUUUGCCGCAUUUGCCUACAAGGCCAUUGGAUUCCCAGCCAACUUUAUCUUGCCAAUUUCGGCCGUAUCAAGAACACAGGGGUUCAUGGCUCACUGGAAAGAGGCAAUGGAAGGUGCACCUCGUAUCUGGCGGCCGGGCCAGAAGUACACGGGCAACCUGAACCAGACUGAGUAA